UGUGCUAACAGCUGCUGAAAGCCUUCAAGCAGAAGAGCAGCAGGCAGCAAGAUGGGCUCCAGCAGCUCCAGCCUGAACAACGUGCCAGACGGCCAGCAGCUCAUGCAGGAAACAGGAUUCUCUGCUGCCCACCUCCUCCGUCUCUACGAGAGGUUCAAGUUUCUGGACAAAGACAACAGAGGACACCUCAGGUCUGAGGAUUUUGAGGCGGUGCCGGAGCUGUCUGAGAACCCCAUCGGAGACAGAAUUGUUGGAGCCUUUUUCCUCCCAGGACAGGAAACGGUGGACUUCUCCUCCUUUGUCCGAGUUCUGGCUCACUUCCGUCCCACGGAGAAAAACCGGACCAGAGCGGGAGCGCAGCCGGAGCCGGCCAACAGCAGGAACCGGAAACUUAAAUUUGCCUUCCGGCUGUAUGAUCGGGACAGAGACGGGAAGAUUUCCAGAACCGAGCUUCUUCAGGUUCUGAGAGAGAUGCUGGGCAUGCAGGUGACGGAGGAGCAGCUGCAGAGCAUCGCUGACAGAGCCAUUCAGGAGGCCGACCUGGACAAGGACGACGCCAUCUCCUUCGAUGAGUUCAGAAAGUCGCUGGAGAAAGUGAACAUCGAUCACAAGAUGAGUAUUCGCUUCCUGGAAUGAAGACUGGUCUGAGAGGAAGCAGCUUUGACCUGAGAUCUGAUGGGACUCGCUUUAACACGUCAGAAAGUGCUGCCUCCGUUCUCCAGGCUGGAAAGACCCAGCAUGGAGGCUUUGGAUCAGGACUCUUACCUCCAGUCCUCC